AUGGAAAGCUAUGGUUUAGGUCAAUUAAAAAACUUUGAAUAUUUAGACCAUACCGCUGAUAUUAUGUUUCAUACAUGGGGUAAAGAUUUAAAAGAAGCACUUGAACAAAUGGUAUUAAUUAUGAAUAACUAUAUGGUUGAAUUAGAUUCAGUUGAAUUGGAUGAUAGCGCAACUGAACAAACUAUAAGUGUUAAUGGUCAUGAUAUGGAUUCAUUAUUAUUUGCAUUAUUGGAUGAAUUUUUAUUUGUUUUCAGUACUGAAUUCAUUAUAUUUAAACAAGUUCAAAUCAUUUCAUUUGAUCGUGAAAACUUUUCAAUUAAAGCAAUAGGUAAAGGUGUUGAAUUAGAUAAAAGCAAACAUACAACUGGUACUGAAAUUAAAGCAAUAACAUAUUCAUGUAUGAAAAUUGAAGAAAAUCCUGAUAAAUCAGAUAUUCAUGUUAUUGUUGAUAUAUAA